UAUAAGGUAUAUAUGCGUUGAUAGGAUAUAUUCCUCGCGACGAAGGAAGGAAGGAACGAAAGGAGCGCGUGUAACCUCUCGUAAUUACUUUUAGGCAUAUUAUUCCCUCAUGACAUCAAUUGGUUGACCUGAGGAUUUGAAACUUGAAACUAGACUUCUUCAUUUCGAUCUAUCUCCUCUCAAACAUUAUACACCGGCGGUUAUUUUGGGGGUGUCGCUUUACUCGUAAAUCACCACUAACACCAAUCACCACCAAAAACCUACAAUAUGGCUUCUCGCGCCAAACAACCGAAAAAAGACGACGAUCCGCCUCCGUACUCUGAACAUCGAACGGACGGCCUGGCAUCACCACCAACUGCUACUGCCCAAACGCCUCCUCCUCCUUUCACACCCCGACAACAACAACAACAACAGCAGCAACAACCAACUCCCCUCCCCCAAAUCCCGCGCCAGUUCCCCCCCGCAUUCAACAUGUACAUCGAAACCCGACGGCACUACCACAUCGGCGAGCACCAAUCCACGCCGCUCUACGCCGUCACCCUAUCCCCCAGCUUCUUCUUCUCCUCCUCGCGCCCGGACGUGGUCCUGCACAGCGGCCCGGGGGACCAAACCCCCCCCUUGGCGGUAGUCGCGCGCACGGGCCGCGAGCACAAUCUCACGGUGACGGUAACGUUACCGCCUGCCCCUGCCCCCGGAUCUCAGGCGCCCCGCCGCGCCGAGGAACGCGUCGAAACGCCGGGGUUCCUGGGCGGCGGAACGUUCUCGUUCGUUGUGGAGGUGGGGCCGGGGCUGGGGGGAAGGAGGGAAAUGUUCGAGUGGCGGAGGUCGAGGGGGGGUGCGGUUGAGGCGUUGGGGGGGAGGAUGAGUGGGUGGAAGUUGGUGAGGAUGAGGACGGAUGCGCCGAGCGGGUUGGGGGGAGGAGGCGGGGGAGGUGGACGGGGUACGGCUACGUUUGCGGGGGGCGCGCGGGCGGGGGAUGGGAGGGAGGUGGUGGCGGUGUGGGCGUGGGCGAAUAUGAGUCUGACGAAGAAAUUGCGGUUUCGGUUUUUGGGGUCGGGGGCUAGCGGGGUGUUGGGGGAGCGGUGGGCGGUUAUGGCGGUUGCGACUGCGUUGUGGAUUUGGGAGAGGGAGAGGAGGUCUAGGGAGGAGUCGGGCCGUUAGGGGGGUUGUUGGUGGUGGUGAUGUUGGUGUUGGUGUUGGUGUUGGUGUUGGUAUUUAUUGUUGUUUGGGCGUUGGGUGCUGGUUCGUAAAGGGAAUAGGGAUAGGGGUUGUGGUUUGGGAACUUGGUAGUAUACCCUACGGCGUAAACUAUAGUUAGACUAAUAUGGAUUCAUUGCC